UUCACUCCUCAAGGAGAAAACGGUAGAAGAACAGACGAAAUUUAUUUUUUCUGCAAUACUCUUCCUUCGGUGGAUACACAGUUUACUAUUUCUCCGACACUUGUGAUCUCAUAUCACUGCUGCAUUAUUGAAGGUAUUCCUUAAGUGUGCAACCUGAAGUUCCCUCUUGUCUGCUGAAAAAACAAAGCAACCCUAAAAUGGCACUGAUGGUUCUACCCUUGGUGGGUCCUGUCUCGGUGUCAGAGAGCCUGUUGGCCAUGGCAACAGUAUGUAUAGUGUACCUACUGAUGCGGCUCCUGCGCUCAGAUAUUCCAGAGGGGCUGCAGCGUUUGCCGGGGCCUAAGCCACUCCCCAUCAUUGGAAAUGUGCUGGACGUGGGUGCCAACCCACACCUUAGCUUGACUGCCAUGAGUGAGCGUUUUGGCCAAGUUUACCAGAUUCAGAUCGGCAUGCGCCCCGUGGUGGUCUUGAAUGGGAGCGAAACAAUCCGGCAGGCACUGAUCAAGCAAGGGGAAGAGUUCGCCAGCCGGCCAGACCUUUACAGCUUCCAGUUCAUCAACAAUGGCAAGAGUCUGGCCUUCAGCAGCGACCAGGCUGGGGUGUGGCGCACCCGACGCAAGCUGGCAUUGAAUGCCCUGCGCUCCUUCUCCACCAUCAAGGGCAGUGACUUGGGCUACUCCUGUGUCCUGGAGGAGCAUGUCUGCAAGGAGGGUGAGUACCUGGUGAAGCAGCUUAGCAACGUCACGGAGGCCAGUGGCAGCUUCGACCCCUUCCGCCACAUUGUGGUGUCGGUGGCCAACGUCAUCUGCGGCAUGUGCUUCGGGCGGCGCUACAACCACGAUGACCAGGAACUCCUGAGUUUUGUGAACCUGAGUGACGAGUUUGGACAGGUGGCGGGCAGUGGCAAUCCUGCAGACUUCAUCCCCUUCCUUCGCUUCCUGCCCAGCCGGACUAUGAAAACCUUCAUGGAAAUCAAUGCUCGCUUCAACGCCUUUGUGCAGAAGAUUGUUACAGAGCACUACAGAACCUUUGACAAGAAUAAUAUCCGUGACAUCACAGACUCCCUCAUCGAUCACUGUGAGGACAGAAAACUGGAUGAGAACUCCAAUGUCCAAGUCUCUGAUGAGAAGAUUGUUGGCAUUGUUAAUGAUCUCUUUGGAGCUGGAUUCGAUACCAUCAGCACUGCUUUGUCAUGGGCUGUUGUGUACCUGGUUGCAUACCCUGAAAUCCAGGAGAAACUCCACCAAGAAAUGAAGGACAGUGUGGGACUGGAGCGUACUCCACUUCUCUCUGACAAAGCCAACCUACCUUUACUGGAAGCUUUUAUCUUGGAACUAUUCCGACAUUCUUCCUUCCUGCCCUUCACUAUCCCACAUUGCACCACUAAAGACACCGCACUGAAUGGAUACUUCAUCCCCAAGGACACCUGUGUCUUCAUCAAUCAGUGGCAGGUGAACCAUGACCCUGCAUUGUGGAAGGACCCUUCCUCUUUUAGCCCCGAGCGUUUCCUGAAUGCCGACGGCAUUACUGUCAAUAAGAUGGAUGCAGAGAAGGUGAUGAUUUUUGGGAUGGGGAAGCGGCGCUGCAUCGGUGAGGCCAUCGGGCGUACAGAGGUCUUCCUCUUCCUGGCCAUCCUGGUCCAGAAGCUGCGCUUCCAUGAACUGCCUGGGCACCCAUUAGACUUGACCCCUGAGUACGGGCUCACCAUGAAGCACAAACGGUGCCAGCUGCGUGCCAGCUUACGGGUCCAGGAGCAGAACUGAGGAGUGUCCCGUUGUUGUGCGCGCACAAUUCAGUUUAAGUUAUAUUCAUUGUCCUGAAGUAUUUUUAAGAUAUGAAUCCAGGGCAGGUUAAAGAAGAAAAGUGUAACAGGGUACACAUCUCUUUUUGGAGUGGCCAGCACCUAAUUUCACUGCUUCACUCUUAUCCCCUUUAGACAUGGUAUUUUGUCCAGUCUGUGUAGAAGGGUUGUCAAGAAAAGGGAAACCUAAUCCAGAAAGCAGGGAAAGGUAAAUGCGACCACAUACCUGAUAUUAAUAGGUAAUGGCAAUCCAGCAAAGGGUAGGAAGCCAUUAGAAAUGUAGCAGGUGCCCUACAAAGGCAACAAAACAUCACAGGUUAAUAUCAGCUAAUAAACAUUCAUUUAAAUUUACAUAUCAUAUGGCAUAUGAUCUGAUUUAUGUUUUUGGCAUUUAACAGAUGGUAUUAAGUAAGAAGAAAUAUUGCCACCUUCAAAUACAAGUGCCUUUUUGUCAUACAGUACCAUACAGUAAAUGAAAUGUAGCCACUGCAGUUUUGAAAUCAUAACCUUCUACAUAAAGCUUUUCUCAAUUAGAGACAGUCGUAGCAUAAACUGGUAAGGUGCUAGCAUUAGCCGUAACACUUAUAGAAAUGAAUGAUAGCAACAAUGAGCAAAUCUUCCAUCCAUUGGUAAUGGCCAUGUUAUAGGUUAUGGCGAAUUUUGCUACAGUCUAGAGUGCUCAGCCUGUUACCGGCUGAAAAAAUGAAUGGAAGUCAAUUAGGAACGUUGUUAAGGAAGCUACUUAAACCUUGAUAACAACGAUUGUAAAUCUUUUAUUCACAUUAUUUCUUUUUUAUACAUGAAAAACAUGUCUGCCUCAAUGUAUGAUGAACCAUGGGGCAUGACAACUUAUAUUUAUCCAGCUAAAAAAGCAGUUUUGACAUCAUGUUCCACUUCUGGUGCUGAAACAUUUUACAACAAAAGUCCACAACAUACAGCAUCUCAUUUUAUCUGAGUUAGGACCUGAGCUGAAAAGUGCAACAAUUGUUGUAAAGUGCUAAGCUAGCGCUACUGAAUGGCAUUACGCCGUCAUCCACUGUAUCUGCUCUUAUCUCUGAUUAAAGUCAUUUUACUGAGUUCACCUGUCGAAAGUGGAUUAAAAGCAACAAAGCUAUUUUGCCUUUUUUGGCUUUUAUCCCAAAAUGUGACUUCUAUUGCCUAUGUUUAUAUUUCUGGUGAUACUGAUUGAUAGAGAUUUCUGUGUUUUAUUUGAAAUGUUAUUUGUACAGUGUGUUAUGAAAGUGGUUUAGGAGGAUGUAUUUUACAAUGAUUCUCUCUGAUUUACAAGAUCACUGUUUGAUUUACAGUGUUAACACUGGCAAUUGUUCUCUGUCAUAAACUUAGUUUGUAGUUUAUAGGCAUGUCAUCUUGACAAGGCAAUGAAGGAAUUUGUUACAUUUAUAGUGGAACUUCGAAGAACAAAAACAACAUAUGAUCAAUUAUCAAAUUGUGUAAACAAGCUCUUACUAUCUGUUGGUGUAUUUAUGUGUAUUGUUUGAUGAAAGGAAUGGCAUUCUCUAAUGCAUAUACAGUAUGCAUCUCUGUGAGAUACUAAAAAUAUGUGGUUAAAA